AUGGCCUCUAUCAUCGCCCGAAGAGCCCUCUCCCAACGGGCAUUCUCUACUACAGCGCGUCGCUUCGCUGCCGACCCGGCCCUCAAGGAAGAGACGAAGCGCAACCCCGAACUCAUGAUUCUGGGAGGUGUCAUGGUUCUAGCUCUAGGUGGUGCUGGUCUCUACUUCGGUCGCUCUCCUACCCAAUCCACAUCCGAGGCGCCCGUCGGCCUAGCCAAGUCGGGCAUGCCCUGGGAAACCGGCGCAACGGAAGGCAAGUACCGAUACCACCCCGGCGGUGACCCGUCUGCCGCCCCGAGGGACGCCCCCAGCGCCGUCAACGUCGUCGUCAUCCCCGACGUCAACCUGCCAAAGUCCCUUCACGACAAGUACAAUAAAUGGGGUAAGGACGGCUACUAG